AUGACCCCGCGAUUGCUGUGCGUGUGGCUCGUGUUCGCCGUGCCGCUCGUCACCGUGCACGGCAGAUCCGCGGAGAGGAAGAGGGGCGCUCUGGAGGCGCUGCUCCGUGCGCACGACUUGCCGCGCGGUCCCGCCGCGGCCCCGAGCAGAAAACCGCCUCAGUUCAUGGUGGAUCUUUUUAACGCCGUCACGUCGUCCGGCCAAAAGCAGAUUCUGGAAGGAAACAUAGUGCGGAGCUUCGAGGAGAGAGUUGUCAGUGAGUCAAGCCUCCUGCCCGGCACUGAACUGGCCUUUUUUACCAGCUUGUCCAGGCACCUGCUGUUUUUGUCAUCCUGCCUCCCCAACAUCCAGCAGCAUCACGCCGACAGUCUGAUAAAGAUGAGCAGACAUCAUUUAAGUGUCCUGAGGAAGAAGAGGCAGCUCUGCAGAGCGUCCGUAUCCGCGGAGAGGAAGAGGGGCGCUCUGGAGGCGCUGCUCCGUGCGCACGACUUGCCGCGCGGUCCCGCCGCGGCCCCGAGCAGAAAACCGCCUCAGUUCAUGGUGGAUCUUUUUAACGCCGUCACGUCGUCCGGCCAAAAGCAGAUUCUGGAAGGAAACAUAGUGCGGAGCUUCGAGGAGAGAGGGCAGGGAGGUGAGAGGUUUCAUCUCUUCAAACUGUCAACUUUCGGCAGAGAAGAGAGGAUGAUGAAAGCAGAGUUCCGCUGGUUUCGAACCAAGCAAAUGUUUGACUUCAGGAGUUCAUAUGGACCUCAUUUCUACAAGGUGGAUCUGUAUGAGGUGCUGGACACCCGAGAACAACCACUGAGAGGAAAUCUUAUCACCUCACGACAGGUUCCAGUCCACACACAGGGCUGGGAAGUCUUCAAUGUCACUCAGAUGGUGUCAAAGUGGCUCCUCAGAGGUCAGGAGAACAGCAGCAUCCUGGUGGCAACCACGCUGCCUACUGGGAACCGGACAGAGUCGGUACACAAAGAGUGGACAGAAAAAGUCACAUACCUGGUCUUAUUCUCAGACAAUGGAAGAGCAGGAGGAGCAUCGAACACAUCGCACCCAGGACAAACACAAUCUGCUGCUACUAUACACACCCGCAGCAGCAGGGGGCGACGAGCAGCACCUGCUUUCUCACCUUACAGUCAGCGACAGUCCUGUCAGCGUGUUCCCCUCAUUGUAAAUUUCGAGGAGAUUGGAUGGUCGGGCUGGAUCAUCUCUCCUCGUGGUUACAAUGCCUACCACUGCAAAGGAUCCUGUCCAUUCCCGCUGGGGGGAAAUCUCCGCCCUACCAACCACGCCACGGUGCGCUCCAUCAUGCAUGCACUGAAGCUGAUGACUGAGGAUGUGGGUGCCCCCUGCUGUGUGCCCGACAGACUGCACUCCAUUAGUCUGCUGUAUUUUGACGAAGAGGAGAAUGUGGUUUUGAAGCAGUAUGAGGACAUGGUGGCAUUAAGUUGUGGUUGUCACUGAGUCCCUCUGCUCUGACUCUGACGA